AUGCAUGCCUCUAGCUCUGCCCCACGAACCAUGGCGGAUUCAGAGCAACUCAACACCAGAGUGUCCAACAAUGACGCUCCUGAUCAUUCAAUUCAUAUCCGCUCUCGAUCAACUGCCCACACCCAAAGCCCCAAACGUUUGUCUGUCUUCAGCGGUCGUUCCCGGAGCAAUACAACUACUUCCACCACAUCAUCACGCCGCUCCCCCGCCUCUUCCAUGACAUCUAUGGAUGCUGCCUCGCUGCCCUCAUCUCAAGAUGAACGGACUUAUUCGGCCGGCGUCCGCUCAGAGCGGCAGGAGAGUAUGACUAAAUCACUUUUCUCACGCGGAAGCCGUAUCCUCCGUCGCCAGGGAAGUAAAUUUAAUAUUGUUGCCACGCUGGAUGAAGAGGAUGAAAUGGAGCGCGAGAAAUCCCGGUUUGAGGUCUCAGACCUCUUCAGCCGUCACCACAGGUCGCGGCAGAGCGAUGCUCGUAAGCGCACCUUUACGCGAAUGGCACAAUCUGGUACUCAUAACUAA